UCGUGACAGUUUCAGAUUCAACCGCUGUCAUAUUGUCGUUAUUAAUGUUUUUUUUAUUCUGUAGAAUGUAACAUUUUUGAGUUAUGUUUCAAGUUUUUGAAUUAAACUUUCUGUUACUUUUGCAUUUCUUAAAAAUUCACCAACAAAAUUUCAAAUAAAACCCCCUCCUACCAAGUAACGUUAAUCACACAUGAAAGAGACUUCAAUAUUUAAGUCUUUUGGGAGAUUUCAGCACCUAAUUACAUUAACUUCUUCUGGCGGCAACCAGGCAUCAUCAUCAUCGACAAUGGUGUAAACUAAUUUAUUUGCUGAAGUUGCAGAAUCAUCAUCUCUCUUGUUUGUAUGAUAUUUUUGUUGUUUAAUGUAGACAAUCGUCCCAUAAUUUAAAAAAAAAAAGACAAAAUUGAAUGUAUAAAAGCAUCCUGGUGUACACGAAAUGCCGAAACGAAACCAUUGUUUACAAAUUGCAUCUUAUUGAAAUUUCUGCCGGCUUUUAUACUUCAUUAAUUAAUGUGGUUUUAAUCAUUAACUCUCCAUAAAAUACCAAAAUGGAGGACUUUUCAGAUGAACUUCCGUCCCUUUAUGAUUCCGAUAAUGAAAUAUCUUCAAGUAAACAUAAAAUGAAAAAAGAGAAAAGAGAAGCUUAUUGGAUAAAAACACAAGAGAAUAAAAGACAGACACGUAAAAUUAAAAAACAAGAAAAAAAACAAAGGGCCAAAAACAGAAUUCCAGAUACACAUUCCAGAGAAAAUGGUAUGUUAAAUAAAAGAGACCAUAAACGCUUUAUACACGAGAAGGGUCUGCAAGCACUGAGGUCAGGCUUAAAGAUCUGCAUUGACCUCAGUUUUGAAGAGAAAAUGUCUGAAAAGGAAAUUUCAAGGUUAGCACAGCAAUUGGGAAGAAUCUAUGGCUAUAACAGGAAGACAGAGAAGCCAUUGCAUAUAUUUUUGACAAGCAUUGACCAAAGUGGUUCCUUCUUUAAAGAAUGUACCCGCAUCAACCAAGGAUUUCAGAAUUAUUUGUGGGAUGUCUGUGAUGAAGCAUACUCAGAACUGUUUCCAAAAGAAGACAUAGUUUAUCUCUCGCCAGAUUCAGAGAACAUCUUAUACACAAUAGACCCUGAGAAAGUGUACAUUAUUGGUGGCCUUGUCGAUGAAAGUAUACAGAAGAAAAGGACGUACUACAAAGCUCUCCAGAGCGGAAUACAAACUGCUCGUCUCCCUAUUGAUGUAUUCAUGAUGAAUGGUGACAGGAAGGGUAACUAUUGUCGAAUCCUAACAGUCAAUCAAGUACUUGCCGUGAUUUCUGAAUUUCUGAGAACUGAAGAUUGGAGACAGGCUCUAUCUAGUGAGGUCCCUAAAAGGAAAGGUCUAGUGUUGAAACCCCUUGAAAAUGUGAGCUCCUGAGUACAGUGCAACUGAGUACAGUAAAGUACAACAAGAACAUGGACAUUGGCAGAAAGAAGUUUUGUUUUAUUCUUCAUUUUCUUUCAUUGACAUCAUGAUCAUCAUCAUCAUCAUCAUCAUUUUCAACAUGUCUGUAUGUGUGCUGCAACAGCAGUAGCAUCACCAACAGCUUCAGUGAAAUUUAUUGAUAAACCAAACGCCCAAACACAUUCCCACACACAUGCAUGCACACACACACACACACAUGCAUGCACACACAUCUCAUGUCAGAACAGCAGAUACUGUCAUGAACCUGGAGAGAUCCCCCCUCAUGUUGGUGCUUGGUGCAUAGAAGCAUACAUAUAGAUCAAACAAGGCCAGCAAUUUCAAGGAGGGGGGCAAGUCAAUUGCAAUGACCCCAGUACACAACUGGUACUUAAUUUACUGACUCCGAAAGCAUGGAAAGCAAAGUCAACCACGGCAGAAUUUGAACUCAGAACAUGAAGACAGAUGAAAUGCAGUCAAGCAUGUUGCCCUGCAUGCUAACAAUUCUGCCCUGAUUUUUUUUAUUUAAAUUACAAAUAUCGAUAAAGAAAUGUAAUAAAAUUUUUAUUUAUUUUAUUUAAAAACCUGAA